AUGGAUGCAGAAAGAAGUGGCCUUGAGUUUGACAAGACUGCCGAAAAGGUGGUUAUGGAACCGUAUAGUUACAUAUGUAGUACAAAUGGGAAAGGGAUUCGCAGUGCAUUGGUGGCAGCCUUUAAUUACUGGAAAUGUAAUGGGUUCGAAAAUUGUAACUAUUGUACGUGUUUAUAUAAAUGUAAAGCGGUAAUUACACUUAGCGCGCUACGGAUCUUAUUUGACGGGACAAAAACAACGUGUUUCACAAGUUUUCAGAAUAUAAUUAGACAACUAAGAGAUCAUAUAAUAAAGAGUGCGAUGUUCCUUGGGAAACUGAGACCAUUUCUCAAAUCACGCUUUAUAAUCCUACGAGAAUUUAGCGACAGUUCUUCUGAAAGAGUUCCUUUUUAUAGCAUGAAACCAAGGUUUAUGUACAGGGAUUACAUUGAGCGAGAUUUUAAAGAAGAAAGAAAAAGCCAAUUACUAAUGACUUUAUUCUGGGCUUGGAUUACUUAUUUCUGCAUUAAUCAUCCUGAAGAAUUGAUUGGCCAUGAAAAACUUCCUGACCCUAAGACGUUUACUGACAAUGAACUAGGAGUUUUAUAA